AGCCGAGCCUCCGCCAGGUCUGGGGGGGUGGGCGCUGGAGCGCAGCGCAACCCUAUCAGUCGGCUGAGCGGGCUGAACUGGAAGCCGAGCGCUGCCGCGAGAGGCGGGCGAUGGGGGCAGGUGCCGCCGGCUGCGCCAUGGACGGGCCGCGCCUGCUGCUACUGCUGCUUCUGGGGGUGUCCCUUGGAGGGGCCAAGGAGGUGUGCCCCACGGGCCUGUACACCCAGAGCGGCGAGUGCUGCAAAGCCUGCAACCUGGGCGAGGGUGUGGCCCAGCCUUGCGGAGCCAACCAGACCGUGUGUGAGCCCUGCCUGGACAGCGUGACCUUCUCGGACGUGGUGAGCGCCACUGAGCCGUGCAAGCCGUGCACCGAGUGCGUGGGGCUGCAGAGCAUGUCGGCGCCGUGCGUGGAGGCGGACGAUGCCGUGUGCCGCUGCGCCUACGGCUACUACCAGGACGAGACGACCGGCCGCUGCGAGGCGUGCCGCGUGUGCGAGGCGGGCUCGGGGCUCGUGUUCUCGUGCCAGGACAAGCAGAACACGGUGUGCGAGGAGUGUCCCGACGGCACGUACUCUGACGAGGCCAACCACGUAGACCCGUGCCUGCCCUGCACGGUGUGUGAGGACACGGAGCGCCAGCUGCGCGAGUGCACGCGCUGGGCGGAUGCUGAGUGUGAGGAGAUCCCUGGCCGUUGGAUUACACGGGCCACGCCUCCGGAGGGCUCAGACAGCACAGACCCCAGCACCCAGGAGCCUGCGCGACCUCCAGAGCAAGACCUCGUAACCAGCACGGUGUCAGAUGUGGUGACCACAGUGAUGGGCAGCUCCCAGCCCGUGGUGACCCGAGGUACCACCGACAACCUCAUCCCUGUCUAUUGCUCCAUCCUGGCUGCUGUGGUUGUGGGCCUUGUGGCCUACAUCGCCUUCAAGAGGUGGAACAGCUGCAAGCAGAACAAGCAAGGAGCCAACAGUCGGCCGGUGAACCAGACGCCCCCACCGGAGGGAGAAAAACUGCACAGUGACAGCGGCAUCUCCGUGGACAGCCAGAGCCUGCACGACCAGCAGCCUCACACUCAGACGGCCGCAGGCCAGGCCCUCAAGGGUGACGGAGGCCUCUACAGCAGCCUGCCGCUGGCCAAGCGGGAGGAGGUGGAGAAGCUGCUCAAUGGCUCUGCGGGGGACACCUGGCGGCAUCUGGCGGGCGAGCUGGGUUACCAGCCUGAGCACAUAGACUCCUUCACCCACGAGGCCUGCCCGGUCCGCGCCCUGCUGGCCAGCUGGGCCGCCCAGGACAGCGCCACGCUCGACACCCUCCUGGCUGCCCUGCGCCGUAUCCAGAGAGCCGACAUCGUGGAGAGCCUGUGCAGCGAGUCCACGGCCACGUCCCCGGUGUGAGCCGGCCCGGGAGCCCCUGCCCUGCCCCCACAUUCCGACGACUGAUGCUCCAGCCAACCCCAUGGGCCAGCGUCAGAGCUGCGCGCCUCUGGGCAGGGCCUCGGAGCCCGGGCCCCCAAACCGCAGCCCUGUCACUGCUCCUGUGUGGCCCCGUCGCUUCUGAUCACACUCCCUCUCCGGUGCCAGAAGUGCCCCUGCUGCCUCUCCCGCCCUGCCCUGCCCUGGCACCGUCCCAGGUCUCCUGCUCGCUUCUCCCCCCGCUGCUGGGGGGGGCCAGCCCCUCCCACCUUAGCAGGUUGUCACAUCUGGGGGGCUGACACCAGGGAUGGUGUUGGGGGCAUGACAAGGCCCCAGAGACUCAGAGGGAGAGACUGAGGAACCAGAGCCAUGGACUCUACACUGUGAACUUGGGGAAUGAGGGAGCACCUUUGUGGCCUAAACCUCCCUCAGCCCACCCCCCUGCCCCAGCCUAGUAUGAAGAGGAUCAGAGGUUUCACAGAGCUGGAAGAGGGAGUUGAAAUCUAGUUCAUCCCCCUUGCUUUACAUACAAGACAGUGAGGCCUAGCGAGAGGCAAUGAUUUGCCUAAAGCCACCCAGCAAUGGGGAGGCCAAAGAUGGGCUGGCCCCUCCCGAAUGAGGGCUGCAGGCUUCAGGUUUGCUGGGAGUGGGGGGCCAGGCGACCUUCUGGGGACUGUCUCAAAGCCAGACCCAGUCUGCACUUCACCAUCACCAGGCCCUUCCAGCCCCUGUGGAGAGGGGAUGCUCCACCCGAGGCCCAGCCCACUGAUCCAUCCGGACCCCAGUCAGGUCUGGGCUUUGUGGCUAGGGGUGCCGCUUCCCUCUGCCUGUUCCCUCAGGGGUGUCGGUGUGGUAUCUGUGAUGUGGCUAAUCUGUAGGUACCCGCCAUCCCAGCACAGACCCAGAGCCAGCAGAGGCAGCAUCUUCCCCUAGAGUCAGCCCUGGCGGUCGGGGACUAAGGAUCCCCCACCUGCAACACACAGAUUCACAGACACACACCCACACACACGCACGCAGGACAAGAAUUCUUGCUUCUCUCCAAGAGUUCUUUCUCUUGGGCUGAGGCCGGAUCCUGCUGGGGCAGCUGCCAGAGAAGCAUCGAAGGGAACUGAACUCUGCUCGCUGUCUUCCCUCGCCCCCGGGUUUGGCAGGCCAAGGACGGCUGAGGCCUGAGCUGGCGCCUGCCGUCCAAGGGCCUGCACGUGGAGGAAUGCUUCCCCCUCCGCCCCUUCCCUGCAAGCGCGGGUUUGCCUGGGCCCUGGUGGCUGCAGCGAGGAAAAGUGGACCCGCGUGGGAACGCAGCAAGAAGAAACUGACUUCACUGUGGCCCAGAGAGGAUCUCUCCCCAGUUUAGAGAACCCUACAGAGGACUGUGCUUUCCCUAGCGUGGUCCCAGAAAGGGGCCAUGUGGUGCCCCCCGGCCUGUUCUGUUUUGCUUGAUGUUGGAAUGAGUGCGACCCCCUAUUUAGCAUGAACGAGCCCCGAGCAGGAUGUGCACGGACAGCCACCUGUCCCCAGCCCAGGGGUCUCUCCACCCCGUAGAAGGGACUGGGGACACUGUACAUAGAUGGCAUUUCUUUGACCUGAACCUGUGAUGGGAGGAGGAAACUCACCUGCUGGCCCCUGGCCUGUGAACGUGGGGAGUGGGACAGGGUCUGAGGUAUUUAUUUUCCUCCUCAGCAGCUGGGGAGGCGCUUGGAGGUUGCAAGUAUGUUUUAGCAUGUGUUUGGUUCUGGGGCCCCUCCAGCCUCCCUUUGGGCUGAGAUGAAACCCUUUUGCCCCCUUCCCCCACCCCAGCUGGGGGCUGUGAGCUCCAGACUCCUUGUCACCCUCCCUGUCCCCUGCCCCUUGCAUCCUGUGUAAUCGUUUCUUGGGCCCUCCUGAAACCUACACAUAAAACAUAAAUGAUGAACAUUAAAUAGCAAAGAAAGAAAA